AUGGUUAAUGAGGCUGGGAGACAGGCAAUAGUGGAUAAGUUCUAUGAGGCUUUUGGUAUAAAAAUUCCAUGGAGAAAAUUUGGGAUAAAGUACAAUACUUGCAAAAAGCAGUAUGAGUCUUUUAAGAAGUUGACUCGGAACAGAACGGGGCUUGGUUUUGAUUCAACCGGAUUCGUCAACAUGAGUGAGGACUGGUGGAAUGAACGAUGCAAGGAGUGGCCAGGUGCUAGAAAAUUUAAAGACAAGCCGGUAGCAAAUAUGGAUUUGAUGGAGAAGGUAUUUGGGACAGUUUAUAUUAGUGGAGGUGAAGGUUGGUCUGCUCAGCAAGGUGAAGAUGUUUUAGACACAAAGCACUCAGAUCAUGAUGAUGAGAUUGAUGGUGAAGAUGAUGCUGAGUCAAGGCUUGAUAUUCCUACUGAAGAAGCUGUUGGAGCUGAAUCAAGAAAUUUUGGAUCAAAGAAUGUUGGCCCCUCUUCUUCUAGGUCAAAGGUUAAUAAGAAAAGAUCAAGGGCUGUACAAGCAGGACAAGCUGUGGCUGAUGUGAUUAGGGAAAGUGUUGAGUCUAGAGACAAGAUUCUUUCCCACAAGAAUCAUCUGAUAGAGAACCAUCCUGAGUUUAGUUGCAGUCAACUGCGAGCUAUGGAGGUUCUUCACUCUCUGCCUGCUAUAAGGAUGUGGUCUCCUCUAUACAAGGCCUCCAUUAACCACCUCAAACAAGAUGCUGCAAAUCGUCAGACCUUCUUGUUCUAUGGAGAUGAUGAGAACAGGGUUAUCUACUUGGAAUAUGCAACUGGAGAAAGCAGAGAUGCAUGA